AUGGCAUCAAAAUAUUUAUUGUUGGCGAUAUUCAUCGGAGGUGUAUGUGCCCAGACAGAGCCUUCAGUGUCAGAUGUUUUGAAAGCUCUUCCUGCAGAUCUGCAGAGCACAGUCAACGAGUCUCAAGUUCAAGAUCUUCAAAACAAAACAACAAAACUUUUUAAAGAAAAAUGUGAAAAAAAUGGAGGUCCUGAUGCCUAUACAAAUGCGGAGACAGCUUUUAAGAACUUUUCAAAGUGCAUCCAGGACCUGGUGGACUUCUCAGUCCUCAACGGUGAGAUCGAAGAGGCCAAACCUAAUGGACAAGUGGAUGAGGUAUUCAAGAAGUACUGCGAGAAGACGCCACUGUUUAAGAACUGCGUCCGCAAUAUGACGGAGUCAGUGAAGCCAUGCCUUACCCCCGAUGAGCGUGCUAAUCUAAAGACUGUGCACAAUGUUUCCGAGCAGCUUGCGGAGUUUAUUUGCUACAAAGAGGGCGAUAGGAUCGCGUUGUUCAUCGCGGAGAAAGGUCCCGAUUGCGUGAUGGAGAAGGAAACUUUGAUCCAUGAAUGCGUGAACAAAACAUUCGGCACAGCGUAUAACUUCGACCCUAAGAACUUUAGCGCCGACAGCAUCCCGCAAAUUGCUUUUGGAGAAAAGGAAUGCAAUCAACUGACCGAAUUGCAAACGUGCGUUGUGGCCGCUUUAGAAACGUGCCCCGUGCCCACUUCGGCUAACAUCGUCGAGUCGCUGUUCAAAUUCGUACGGAAAGCCACACCUUGCAAGGACAUGCCAGUAAGUUUAUGCACUUGUUAA